AUGUCUUACGAAGACUCAGACAACGCUUCUCAAAAUCUUGUGCAAAAUCUGCUUGGGCAGAUCAACACAAUAGCAGAUAAGAUUAACAAAAAGAGGGAACAUUUGGAGCAAGUCACCGAAAAAUAUCAUAAUGAAGCAAAACACCUCCAAGGAUUGCUUUUAAAGCUUCAAGGACUAGAGGCUUCGUUUAUCGAAGGAGAUAAAAUCAAAUCCGAAUUUUUGGAAUUUUCUGAAUUGCUUAGCGACAGGUGCGAUGACGUCAUAGAGAAGCUCGGGAAGCUGGACACAAUCCUAAAUGAAAUCAGAUCAGAAGUGGAUAAAAAGGCAGCGUUUGCUGACCGUGCUCGCAGCUUGGAUGUUGAAUCGCUUUCAAAGGGCGAAGGACGCCAAGAAUGUCUGGAUUUGAAGCAAGAAGUCGACGACUGGUUUGAUGUCAUCCGCCAACUGUUUAAAGAAGCGAAAAAGAGGAAGAUCUCUCUUAUCUCAAAGUGCAAUGUUGAAGAUGUUUCUCAGUCAUUGAAUGCUUGGAGAAAGGCUUCCGAAGUUGGAAGAGAAUACAGUCGAAAACUUGCAUUUUUGAAGAAAGACGCAGAAUCCAUGGAAACCUCAAUGAGGUCUGAAAUAGAGAGAAUGGGAGGUGAGGUGCACAGUCUCAAAGACAAGAAAUUGACAUUGGACAGCGAAGUUUCACUUUUAAGGGAGAAGUUAGUUGACGCAGAAAAGGUGAUUCUUCAAAGCCAAACGAUGCAUGAUGAAAUAACAAAGGAUCUACGAGAGAAAAUUGAUGCCCUUGACAAUGAUUUAAAUGAGGAGAAACGGGCGAGCUGCGAAAUGGAAAUGGAAGCCGAUGAAAUUAAAGGAAAGUUACAGGAUCUGGAAGCUAGAGAAGAACUUUAUCAGCGUAAGAUUGAUAUGCUUCAGGAACGUAAUAAACUGCUGGAAGGAGACGUGGAAUCCUUGAGAGAAAAACUCAUUGUGGGUGAAAAAUUAAAAGAAGAAGCCGAAACGCUGCUUUUUGAGAUACAAAAAGAGUUGGAUAUUGUAGACAUUGCAAAAGAGGACAGUGCAACAGCAGAGGACAUAUCUGACUCCAGUCGAAUCCAUCAUCUUGUGCAGUGGAUGAAGAAAAAGCUGGAAGAAAAUCAGGGCUACAUCGAGAAGUUGGAAAGCGAAGUAAAGGGCGAAAAAGAUCGCAACAACGAGAAGGUUGAAGAAAUAGAGAAGCUCCUGCACAGAAUCGAGAUUGAGGAAAAAGGUAAAGAGGAGCAGGGACAGUUAAUUGAUACUAUCCGAAAUUUACUAGAUGAAAACGAAAAGCUUGCUGCUGAUCUUGAAUCCCAAAACAAUUCCUUGAAUGAGGAAAUUUCAGUAGAAAGAGAAAGAGUGGUGGAGUUACGAGGAAGAGUUGGAGAGCUGCAGCAAACUAUCAGUGAUGAGAAAAGGGUCAACUUUGACAUGGAAAUGGAGGUUUCCAAGUUGAAAAACAAAGUAGAAGAUGAAGAGUCUAAGAAUGAGCUUAAUCUAAAGAGGAUCGAACUGCUCCAGCAAGAAAUUUCGAGCUUGCUUGAUACUAUUAAAGAAAAGGUAAGCAUGAAUGAGGAGCUUCGUUCUCAAAUUUAUGAUUAUGAAAACGUUAAAGACAAACUACGCGCAGAAAGACAAAGAAAUGACGACAAUCUGCAAAGUAUAAUGGAGUUGCAGAACAAAAUGAUCAAAACGGAGCAAACAUUAGAAGAAAAAGAAGAGGAGAUAAGAAAUAUUAAGGACGAGCUGAAAAACACUAGCCAGAAAUUAGAGAAUGUGGAGAAAGAACUGGAUUGGAUCAAAGAGAAUAAUGAUCUUUUGUCAGGUAUACUUCAGGAAAAAGACCGAAGCUUACAGGAGAAAGAAGAGCGAUUAAAACAAGCGAUAGCAAAUCUCAACUCAGAACGAUCUGUCCAGGAGGAAUAUUCCCUAAAAUGCACAAUGCUGGAAAAGAAAAUUUACCUCACCGAGUCGGAAAACAAAGAGAUAAUCAAAGUUGCCGAACUCGCCGAGAAAGAAUUACAGAAAGAAAGGGAGAAGAACAGUAAGAAAGACGAGGAGGUUGUGAAGCUGAAAGGCCAAAUCGAGGAGGAGCGCAAAAAGAAUAUGGAGAGCGAACGCAUUAUCCAUGAGCUGGAAGAACAGCUUUCCGAUGCCGAUGCCUUAAACCAAUAUAAUCAAGGAAUAAAGUCAAGUUCUAUUGAGAACAUCAUGGAGGCAGAGAAGCAGAAUGAGCAGCUUUUGAACGUCAUAGAAGAAUUAAAGGAGAAUGUUAACGAGAAAGAACUUGGGAUUGAGGAGCUUGUUACAAGAUGUGCUGUUGAGGAACAGAACUUGAGGGAUGAGGUAGCUCAGCUAAGUGGACAGUUGGCAUUGUCUAAAAUGGACAACCAUACAAAAUCAGAGAUCAUAAAGUAUCUAAAAGAGGAAAUUGAGAGAAUGCGGAAUGUGAUGAGAAUCAAAGAAUCUGUCCUGGGACAGGGAGAAGACAGAAGACAAAUAAAUGAGAAUGUGGUUAAGCAAGUUCAGCAGCUAGAGCAAGACCUUCAAGCGACUGCCUCUUAUGAAGAUAUAAAGGGCAAAGGAGAAACAUUUGGUUCUAAUGAAGAGCUAGAAGAAUAUGAAUCAGAAGUUCAAGAACUGUUGGAAAUCUUACAAAGCGAAAAGGAGAAAAACCUUAUGUACGAAGACAUGAUACAACGACUCGAAGAAAUCGUGAAACUUCAAGACGAGACAAAGGAUGUCGAUGAAUCUGACGUGGCUGGAGCAAAUGAUACAAGAAAUGAACUUUGCGCCAAGAAAGAAAAUUACAAGUACAAAAAGCGCAGGUAUAUGGAAGGAGAAGUACUCAGGUUGGAGAGCUUGGUGGAUGAUCUUCGUGAGCGACUAAGAGCUGAGAAGAAGCAAGUCCACGAUCGAGACAAUCUUAUUUCCAAAUUAAACGAAACAAGCAAGAGAGACUUUGCAAGAAACGAAGAACUUAAUGCUCAGCUUCAAGCGAUGAAAAAUAAGGCCAUGCAGCAGCUUCAACACUCUGAGGAGAUGGCGAAGAAAGUUGAAGAUGGACAAAAACUUAUCAGAGAUUUGGAAGUACAGGUGGACAAAGAGCGACUCCGUGCUUCUACCAUAGAAGCUGUUUUGGCGUCCGAGAAAGGACGAUCCACUGACAAGAAAGAUGUUACAAAAGAUCUGAAACGAAGGGUAGAGGAGUACCAGAAGACUGUCAACGACAUUAAGGGAAAAGUGGACAAGAUCAAUCGGCAUUUGCAUUGCAUGUCGCCUGGUUCACAUGACUCACAUCGCUUUGGGCAACCCGAUGUCUCCAUGAAAAGAAUCAAUGAGAGACUAGCCUCACAUAGCUCUUUCAUAAGGGAACUCAAAGCAAGUGUUGGUGCUGUAGAAGAGACAAGCAAAAAUAUACGUACAGAAUUGAGAACACAAUCACACCAAAAUAGCAAGCAAGAUAAGAAAAUUGAAGAUUUGUUAAGCAAGUCUACAGAAUACGACAAUUUAGUGGAAGAGAUGAAGAAGGAACUUGGAGAAAUAAGAAAGAGGUAUCAAGAAUUAAGCGGCGAGCUUGCACCAGCUGAGGAGAGCGAUACAGCUGAUGGAAGACCAGAAAGUCCCACAAAGAUGAUCCGAAGCAUGCCUGAGCACGAACUUAGCAAACAAUUGUCUCACUUUGAAGAACUUUUAGAGACUAUCUUUUCUGAGGAGGCCAGGAGAAUCGAAGAACUUCAAGAUAAAAUGGAUGAAGUGUUCAAGAAGAACAUAGAGUUUUCGUCCAUUCUUUGUGAAAUAAGAGACAACCUUGAAGAAGACAGAGUAAAGCGAGUACCUUGGGAGGUUGAGCGAGAUGAAUUGAAGGCUGCUCUAACAAAAAGUGAAGUCAAAAUGGAUCAUUUGCUCGCAACACUAGAAAAAGCAGAAAUGGCAAAGGAAAGGUUACAAGAAAAGAUAAAGUUUCUCGACGAAGAGCUAAAAGAAAAAGAAAAGUCGUUAGUUACGUUGCAGGCAGACAUUCAUGAAGCAGAAGGAACCAUCAGACGGCUAGAAGCAGAGGUAGCCGACGAAAAAGAACGAAACUCUGAUUUGCAAGAGCGAGUGAUUAAAGAAAUGGAAGACAACCUCAAAGAGAGCAAAAAGAAUCUAGAAGAAAUAAGAAUUCAAGCGGACAAAGAGCUAAAAAAGACAGCCGAUAUGUCGGCAGCGGAGAAAUCAGAAAAAGAAAGGAGAAUCAAAAGCCUGGAGAACGAGAUUGCAAAGCAAAGUGAUUUCCUUGAAGAAUUAAAGUCGAAUCUAGAAAAGGAACAAAACCACGUGUUUGAAUUAAGUGAACGCCUUGAAAUCGAGCGAAGUCACUCUACUAUGAAGGAGAACACGAUUGAAGACUUAAGUAAGAAACUAAGAAGAGAAAUAGAUCGAAGUGACGAAUUUCGCAAGCUUAUAGAAGAGGCCGAAGAUAGAGCACUAAGGAUCAGUGAAGCUCUGACAAAAGAACAAGUCCACGGAGUUGAGCGUGAAGAAUGUAUAAAAAAAUUACAGGACCGGAUAAAAGAUGAGCAAAUUAGACUAAGCGAAACAAAAGAGGCUUUAGAAGAGGAGUUGCAACUGACCAACCAGCUUAAAGAAAAGUUAUCUUUAGAACAGCUUCUUAAAUCAGAAUUUGAAAGCGAGCUCGACAAAAUGAAGGCGUUUCUCUUAGAGGAGAGAAAAGAUAAGGAGAAUCUCGUGGAAAAGGUAAACAGAGACAAAAACAGGAUUUGUGAAACCGAAAACCAGCUAAGAGAGCAAGAAGACGACGCCAAACAAAAAGAUGCCAUCAUAGAGGAACUCAAGUCUGAUUUAGAUACAGAAAGAAAGUGCUAUAAGAUUUUAACGGAACGGCUGCAUGCAGAACAAAAUCGAAUCGUGGAGUUAGAGAUAAAACUUAACGAAACCGAAUCAGUGAUAAACAGCGACAAGAAUAUGUUAGAGAGUCUGAGAGAAAACUGCUUGCAAGGGGAAGAGAGGCAUUUUGAAAUUCUUGAAAAGCUGGAGCGAGCAGAGAAGCUGAACAAAGAAAAGGAAGAAGAGCUGAGCGCGUUCAUAAGCGAACUAGCAACGGAAAAGUUAAGAGCAGAACAACUUGUAGCCAACUUGGACAAUGAGCGAUGCUUGAAAUUACAGCUACAGGAAAGGGUCAAAGAAUUAGAAGAAACUACCAGUAAAGAUGAGGUUUUGUUUGAGGAAUUGCGUCGUAGACUUGAUACAGAGGUUCUUAAACAUCGUGAAACUUCGGAGCUCUGCGACCAGGAAAGAUUAUUAAGCCAAGCAUUUCAAAAGAAAGUCCAGGAUUUGGAAAGGCAAGUUACUCAAGACAAUGAAAUCUUUGAGGAGCUCAAAAGAAACGUUGACAGGGAAAGAGAACAGAGUCGACAACUAGAUGAAUUGCUGCAACAAGAGAGGAGUGAAACUGUGCGUCGUGACAACGUUUUGAAAGAGUUGGAGGAACAGCUUUACAUUGAGCGUAUAACAAAGGAUGAAGUUAAGGGACAGUUGGAAUCAGAGAGACAAAGUAGCUUUGAUUUGCAAGAACAAUUGAGACAGAAUCGCGAAGAAGAGUUUAAUAGAAAAGAUGUAGAGAGAAAACUGGCGGAAGAGAUGAAAAUUGAAAUGGAGGAGAAGGUAGAAAUCCAAGCGCAGAGAGCACAGGAACUUGAAUGUAUGCUAGAAGCGGAAAGAUUUAAAGUUUUCGAGAAAGAUAGUGAAAAGAACGAAUUUCAGAGGAAGCUGGAACAAAAUGAUCUGUGGCUUUCACGGAUGGCUCAUGAGCUCGCAAAAGACUUGGAAGAUAGCCAGAGUUCAACAGAUGAGGACGUUUGUGGCUACGAAGAGAAUGAGAGCGUGGGACGUCGCCAUGAGAAUGAUAGAGAAAAUCAGCCUAUAUAUGACGACCUGUUUAGUAAAAUAUUAGCAGGACGUAUUACCAAGAAAAAUGUCAAACUCAAGACAAAGGAGCGAAAAAGACGACUCGCGGAAAGAGAAACUAUGUUAGAAGACUUAAAUCGAAAAUUUGAAGAUGAGAAAAGAAUGAAAGAAGACAGGCUUGCUGAAUUGGAAGAAAAUGAAAAUAAGCUAAGAAUGUUUGAGAAUGAAUGUGAAAUACACCGCAGGGAAUCUACAAGGCUGCAAGAUGACCUAAACAGCGAGAGAAAUCGUAGCCUAUACUUUGAACGGUUACUGGCUGAGCAACAAAAACAAAAUCAAGAUCAAGACGAAAUUGUGAAGUCACUUGAAAUUAAGGUCAUCGAGGGUUCCAAUCACCUGCAUGCUACUACAGAACAGUAUGAAAAGCAGUUGCAAGAAAGUCGUGCACGACAAGAAGAAAACAGGAAAAUGCGGGACUUGUGCAAAGUGCAACAAGAUAAGAUAGAACAACUUGAUAAAGAACUGGAGGACAUGAGAAGCUUCUACCUUGAAAAAGAAAACCUGACUCAGGAGACCAUGGAGGGGAUUAAGACCUUAAAGAAGAACUUAGAUGAAGCUGAACACAAUAUUCUUUACAACGAGGACCUUCUUAGGAGAGAGAAAGGAGAGGACGCCACUGAUGGCAAAAUGUCUCUGGUAGGAUCAAAAGCGCUUAUUGGCAGUUUAAGGGAGGAGGUGACAAACGUUAAGAGAAUUAUUGACAAUAAGUUAGCAGAACUAAGCAGCCUUCGUAAACGGUUGAGUGGAAGAGGAGAUGACGGUGAAAGUGCAUUGUUAAUAAGAAUGGAGGAAAGGGCGCAAAAAGCUGAAGCUCAACUAAAGAAGCUCCAGGCGUCUUAUCAACUUCUCCUGACUGACGUUGACGUGAAGAAGUUUUUAGUGGAGGAGAUCCAAAGGGAAGCUAACGAUCUUAAAAAUACAUUGAACGAAAAAGACAAAAUAAUUGUAGAGCUGAGGAAGGUAGAAAAGUCAAAGAAGCCACAAGAGGUCUGCAGUGACAGCCAAGAAAUACAGAACCUGCGAGCGACCGUAACACAAAAGGAGAAACAAAUCCAAGAUAUUACAAACGAAAUGCAGAAAAUGAGGGUGGCUUUGGGAGAAAAAGUGAAACAAAUUCAAGUUCUUGAGAAAGAAUACUUAGCUAAGCUAUCCGACAAAGACAAAGAUCGACGGUGCUUGGAAGUAUCGGUGGAAGUUAUGAAGUCUGUUAAUGACGCAUUAAAGGCAGAGAAAGAACGAGAAGACGCAGUUAAAAACGCUGAGAGGAGAAAGAAGGGAAAAAAGUAUAUAGAAACCGCAACUGAGAUGGUAGCCGAUCUGCGGGACCAAAUCGAGUCCCUCAAAGCAGACAUCGCUGAUCACCAACAAAUGGCUCAGAAUUUGAAAGAGGACGACAAGCGCGCAAAAUUACCCAAAGAAAAUGAGAAGAAUUAUGUUAAGAGACGAGGCAGUCUUCGUGGAGUUGUAGCUUUACAAAUUGGUGAAAAACAAAAGAAAAUGAAGCGUUUGAAGAUGCUGCUUAACUCCAUUGAAAAUCGACACGGGAAGGACAUGUUGGCGCUUACAGAGGGAGGUAUGACACGCGAUUCAUCGAGAGAUGGUCUAGCUGAAGAAGCCAUUAUAAGAACCGAGGAUGCUAGCCUGCAAAGGACGUUGCCUCUACCUGAUCUGGUAGGAAGCUCAGAAAAAUGCGCUUUCGUUGAAGACAAAGAAUUGAGACUGGGCCAUUCUCUCGACACUAACCCGUCAUGUGUUGACUCAAACUUACUCUUCAACAAGGAUCUUGACGAAAAGUCGAGAAAUUCCUGCUCUAUCAAGAGGAAUUUGUUUGCAUUUUUCCUUGUCGCUGUCGCUAUUGGUUUUCUGACAAUUGGUUUUAAGUCAAGAGGUUUCGGAAGCGUGCUUGCGUCUUCUGUUGCAGCUAUAGUACUUCUGUUAUUUGCUUAUCGCCUCAAAAGAAACGCGACUGGUAAAACGACACCUAAGAAGGAAUAUCCAGAGACAGAGCUCCUCGAAAAAAUCACACAAAUGAAGAUUCGCCAAGAAGGAGACGCAAAGUUGAUUGAAGAGCUCAGAAGACAACUGGAAGAAGAAAUCUCUGACAAAGAGGUUCAACGUGUAGAGCUGGAAGAGCUAAUGGCCAGCAAAGAUGCACUUUUCAAUUCUGACAAGCAGCGAGAUUCGGAAGAGUUCGAGGUAAAACUGAAACAAGAAAUCGAAAAAACUAAACUUUCUGAAGCAGAAAAAAGGAAAAGUGGACUUGAAGAAUACAAAGUUUUACAGGCAAAAAUCGAUUAUAUGAAGCACUUGAGGGAAACUGAUAUGGAGGAGAGACAAGCCAAGAUUGCGGAACUUGAAAAACUAGCUGUUAUUUCUGAAGAGAGGCGUGAGCAUGGAAUCAAAGUUAUGAACAUACCAAUCUCAGCUAUUCCUGUAUGUGUUGCUAUGUCAGUGUUUCUGUGCCAGCUUUCUGGAUACCACUUCACAGCCCCCUACGCAUUGUUUACCCUGUUGAUAAUCGUUGCUGUUAACGCUUCUUUUUCUAAAAAGAAGGUUGCUCAGAUGUUGAGAGAUGAAAGGCAAACCUUUGAAGAACAGAACGAAGAAAUAGACGAGAUGACGGAUCUCUUGGACAGGCAGUUUGAGGUGGUAAAAACUCAAAAGGCUGCGAUAGAUAUGCUUGUAAAAGAAAUUGAAAAGGAAAAAGAGGAAAGGAAGGAAAAACGAAACACGUUAGCAAAGUUAAUUUGGCAGCUUCAAGAGAUGGAAGGAAUGCAAAAUAUUAUUUCAAAGCAGACGCCGAGGGGGACGGAGCUUGAAUCAGCCGUGAGAAUUAAGGCAGAGGAAAAGGCUCUAGAGAGAGCAAGGUUCUACAACAGAAUGGUCAGCACAUUGAAAGAAAUAAACGUUGAAGAUGAGGACGACGAUGAUAUGACAGAUGACGUGUGCAACGCUGUACAAGAAUUGGCAGACUAUGCCGAAGAUCAGCUCGAAGAACAAAAAAAGAAAGAGCUUGAAGGGGAAAAAACGCCCCACCUAGCAACGAAGUCCCCAGUCUCAUGGAAAGCCGUUGUAUUGGUUGUAGUCAGCACAUGCGCUUUAGCAGCAUCGCUUGUUCUUAGGUCAUAUUUGAUUUCUGCGCUCAUUAUCAUUCAAACUGUCAUCUAUGGGUUUCAAAGGAGAGAAGGCUCAGUGGAUCAUUUUAGGGAAAAGCUUAGACGCGAGAGUAUACGAAACAAAUCAUUACAGUUGGAAACAGAAAAGCUGAAGAAACUGCUAGAGACAGAAAACACGUACAAGAUGACGGAUGAGUAUGCACAAGAAAUUAAAGAGAGAAAGACAAGAAGAAAGUCCAGAAAAAUUUUUUGA